CUCGUCUUCGAGUUUUCGGGUGCACUUGCUUUGUCCUUCUUCCGCGUAAAGAGCGAAAUAAGUUGUCCUCGAAAACGUCUAAAUGCGUCUUUCUCGGUUAUAGCGACAUUCAUAAGGGGUAUUUAUGCUACGAUCCUUCAUGUCAACGUCUUCGCAUAUCGUGUGACGUAGUUUUCUUUGAGCGGCUCAUGUUUUACUCUAGUACUCCUGAGGAUGUAACUUUUCUCUCUGAGGUGACCCGACUUCCCUUGUUUGAUGAUGAUGAGGACGUAGCAGAAGACCUCAUACUCCCCCCCGACUCGCCUGCCCCAGCAACCCCGGCAUCCAGUAGCUCCGCCUCGUCUUCGGCCAGCUCAUCACCAACUCCAACCAGCAGCUCUUCGUCCGAUGAUUCUCCUCCCACCAGCGGCUCCUCGUCCGCGGCGUCCCUGCCCUCCUCGCCUCCUGUUCCACGUCGUUCACUUCGGGCUAAUAAGGGCCAGCUACCCAUCCGGUACAAUGAUUUUGUGUCCUAUAAUGUUGAGGCCUUCACUAUACCUACUUCCUAUAAACAGGCAAUGCUCGACCCCAAUUGGAAUAAUGCCAUGCAGACUGAGUUUGAUGCACUUCAUGCCACGGGUACAUGGGAGGUGGUGGAUCGUCCUCCGGAGCCGGUUAUGAUUCUGGGUAAUCGGUGGGUGUAUGCUGUAAAAGUAAAAGCGGAUGGCACUCUUGAGAGAUUUCAGGCUAGACUUGUGGUACAGGGGUUCGGUCAGGAGUAUGGUCUCGACUACGACGAGACUUUUGCUCCGGUGGCGAAAAUGCAAACCGUUCGGACUCUUCUUGCUGUAGCUGCAGUUCGGGGGCGGCCGUUGUUUCAACUAGAUGUUAAAAACGCGUUCUUACAUGGGGAUCUCAAGGAGGUGGUGUACAUGCGACGUCCUCCAGGGUAUACGGUUGGACGUGAUGAUCAGGUUUGUCGGUUACGUCGCUCCCUCUCUGGUCUCAAACAAGCACCUCGUGCUUGGUUUGAGAAGUUUCAGAGUACAGUUUUAGCCCUUGGUUUUCGGCAGAGUAACAAUGAUCCAUCUCUGUUUUUACGAUCUUCGUCUGCGGGUCUCAUUGCACUUCUCUUAUAUGUUGAUGAUAUGAUCAUCACUGGCGAUGAUGUUACAGGGAUUCAGAAGCUCAAAGCGGGCCUUCAUGCGUCCUUUACAUUGAAAGAGUUAGGCUCGUUAUCUUACUUUCUCGGGCUGGAGAUUACUCGGUCACAGAAGGGUAUUCUUUUGAGCCAAAGGAAAUAUAUUGGGGAUUUGUUGUCUUCUGCCCAAUUUGGUGAUUGCAUUCCUGUCUCUACGCCCAUGGAAGUUAAUUUGCACCUUAGUCGUGACUCGGGAGUUCCGCUUGUUAAUCCGUCUCAGUAUCGUCAUCUGGUUGGUAGUUUGAUAUAUCUCCCCCAUACGAGGCCGGAUAUUUCAUUUGCCGUCCAUGUGGUCAGCCAGUUCAUGUCCGAUCCUCGCGUUGAUCAUCUCUCUGCUGUUCACCGGAUACUCCGGUAUUUACAGGGUACUCGUGAUGUUGGUAUUUUUCUGCCUGCUACUGGCAAUCUCUGUUUACAGGCUUAUUCCGACUCAGAUUAUGCAGGCUGUGUUGAUACUCGGAGAUCGACAACCGGGUGGUGUGUUCAGGUGGGUGGUGCUUUUGUGAAUUGGAGGUGUCGGAAACAGGAUAAGGUGUCCAAGUCCUCAACGGAGGCUGAAUAUCGUGCUAUGUCAGAUGUAGCUUCCGAGUUGGUUUGGAUGCAGCGCCUUCUUCUCGAUCUUGGUGUUACGUGUCCCUCCCCGAUUACUCUUCAUGUAGACAACACCAGUGCUAUUCAGAUAGCGGUCAAUCCUGUGUUACACGACCGGACUAAGCACAUCGAGAUACACGUUCACUAUGUUUGUGAUCUGGUUCAUGAGGGGUUUCUCGUGGUUCGUCAUGUUGCUUCCGCUGACCAGCUCGCGGAUUUAUUCACGAAGCCUUUUCAUCGCUCGCGCCAUAUGUUACUAUCGGACAAAUUGAUGCUUCGAGACCAGCAUCAAUUUGGGGGAGGCUGUUAGCGGUAAUGGGCUGAGUUGGGCUAUGAUUGUAUUUGGUUAGCUUGUGAUAGGCCCAUUGUUGAAGUAGCAUGUACGUAGGAGUUUGUGGCGGUAACCGAACCCUAGCAAGUGAUUACGUGAGCUAGGGUUAGGCAAAUAUAUAUACAUGUAAACUGACGAUGUACCGAUGGAAGGGAAAAACCUAAUAAGAUCAUCAGCUCGGAGAGUUCUAGCUCUCCCGUGGACUAGUCCCGA